AAUUAUACCAGUAGUGAGUAUCUGCCCACUUGAGAAGUUGUUGACAGUGUUCAGUAACAGAGCUUCAUUCCAACCUUUGAUUGUUCUUCUUAUAACUGACUAACAUGUCAAAAAUACUGACCAUUGAUGAGUUGGUUGAUGUGAUAGACUCUUUAAAGGAGGCACGUUUUGACAAAACUAAAUGGAAGGAUUUAGGAAGGAAACUUGGCCUCUAUCCAAAUACACUAGCUAUAAUUGAUUCAAAUAAAAGAAGUGACGUUGAUAGUUGUUUUACUGAAUGCCUUGAAGAGUGGCUGAGAAGAGCUGAUAAUGUUGAUAAAGUUGGUAAACCAUCUUUGGAGACACUGGCUGAUGCUCUUGACAAAAUGAAUGGCUGUAAAGCUCAAGCUGAAUAUAUAAGGAAAUUAGGACAAGGAGAUACCGGCAAAACGGGAGAAAAGAAUGCUAAAAGUACGGGGCUAAAAAUUGACUCCACUAAGAAAAGCAGCAAAGGUAAUAUUGACUGCCUGUAA